CAAAGUCUAAUUUGACACCAAUAUGGAUGGUGUUCAUUUCAGGCGAGUUUGGAGCAGAUUUGUGGGAGAAACUCCUAGACUUUUCACUGAACUUAUUUUUUUGUCUUUGUAAUAUGCCUGAGCAACUUUGAAUCCACGUGUAUUAUUUUGAGCAAUUAUAUUUCUGUCAGUUGUGAAACUGAAGGAAGACACUGGCCAUUUUUACAAGCCAUCUACACGUAGAUUGUUAGCAAAAUUUUUCUUAUCAUUGAAGAGAAGUGUUUUCUUCUGCUAGAUGAAAUUUUUAAGAUGCUCUUAUGCCUAAGCAUCUAAUAACAACCUACGCCCUCUGGGCAGUGGGAGGCCCACUGGGACUUCAUCACCUGUACCUCGGGAGGGAUAGUCAUGCUCUCUUGUGGAUACUCACUCUGGGUGGUUUUGGUUUCGGCUGGCUCAGAGAGUUCUUCCGAAUCCCAGCUUACGUGAGCGAAGCCAACAAAGAGACUGAGAAAGUUAGACGUCCAUCCGGCAAUCCUCCACCAGUUGGCUUGGUUCGUGUUGCUGGCCAGGUUUGCGUUGGCAUUUACUUUGGAUCACUUGCUUUGAUUAGUCUGAACUCUCUGAACUUCUUCUACCUGCUUGUGCUGCCAUUGAGUGUUGGUGCAGGGGUUCACCUCGUGUCCUGCGUUGGUCAACAAACGUCUGACCCACAGAAGAUCCUCACUGCAUGUAUCAUGACCUCGGCCAUAUUCUACGGCAGCAAACUCUCACCUCUUCCCAUCAGCAUAGCAGCUAGUGUCACUGCCGCACAGCAUAGAAAGUUUAAAGCUCCCCAACAUGCUGGAUCUCCACCAGAGCCACUGGGACCUCGUGUCUAUCGCCUUAGCCUAGCUCUGCUGGCUUUCUCCGCUCCUCUGGGAUACUGCAUUUUUCACAACACAACAGCUACUUUAUACUACAUUUCAGACUGUGUGGCAGCAUUUCUUGACAUGUUUUGGUUCGUUCCUUGGCUCAGAGGGGUUGUGGAGUUCUUUCUGCUGUUGCCAUACCGGAUAUUGUGCGCAGUGACUGGAGGAAGUUACUAUGAGGAAAGCUGGAAGAAGGUUCUGGAAAUACUUCUCAAUGAAUACAGCAAAAGAGAGAUUGAGGCAAUGAAGGUGUUGUCAGUGUCUGAGGGAGCCACGCUGGAGGAGAUUGCUCACAGCUACAGGGAGCUUGCUAAAUUAUGGCACCCAGACAAGAACCCCAACAAGAAACAAGAAGCAGAAGAGAUGUUCAUUAAAAUCAAUGAUGCAUAUGAGACGCUGCUCCACAGACAUAAGCCUCAAAGCAGGAAAUGACUUUAGACUGCAUGUCUGGUGUAGUCUGCCAUCCAGAGGUUAUAAAGUGUACUUUCUGGAGUAUAAUUGCAUAAAAAUUACAUGCUGAUGCGUAUUACAUUUGAAAAUAAAGGCAUUGUAUAAUUCC